AGCAAUCAUAAAAAAGUUCGACCCGUAAAUGACCAAAUUCGACAACUUCCUCGAAGUGCAUUCACAGAUCAAUCGAAUCGAUAAUUGCAUUUUCGGAGAAUCUUAGGGGAAUAAUGGCUGUAGCUUCUGAUCAAGCCACAAGUAUCUGCAGUCACUGUGAUAGAGUGAUUCCUUCUUCCAAUCUCGAUUUGCAUGUUGCUCAUUGCUCCCGGAAGCUUGAAAAAUGUAAAAUAUGUGGGGAUGUGGUUCCAAAAAAACAUGGAGAAGAACAUUUCUUGAGCACUCAUGCUCCGGUAGCCUGUUCUUUGUGUAGCGAGACAAUGGAGCGUGAGGUGUUAGUUGUUCACAAAGGUGAAAAUUGCCCACAAAGGAUUGUGACAUGCGAUUAUUGCGAGUUUCCUUUGCCUGCAAUUGAUUUAUUUAAGCAUCAGGAAGUAUGCGGUAACAGAACAGAACUCUGCCAUAUGUGUAGCAGAUAUAUUAGGCUCCGUGAAAGAGAUGUCCAUGAGAGUAGAUGUAAUGGAGGCACAAACAUCAUUGCAGAAUCUACCAGGAACACUAGUCCAUCUGAGAGAGAUCAUCAUGGUGCCCCUAGAAGGCAGCCACACGAAGCUUCCAGGAAGCGGCUUCUAUUUACAAUUGCAAUAACAGGCAUUGCUGUUUUGUUUGGCUCAGUUAUUUUCCAGAAGAAAGUCGAAGACAGUCCAGUGCCAUAGCAUCUUUACUGAUAUUUUGUUAAUCUUAAUUUCUUACUAUCAGAGCAGUUCGUAGAAUUCAUAAUGUAUCUACAAAGAAUUAUCAUGCAAUCAAAGACGAGUUCUACUAAUACAUGAAUAGUUACUGUUGUAUGUAA